AUGGCCACUUUCUCGAGGAGCCAGACCGGAGAAAGUCGCCAAGACCAGUAUGGGAUUGCGUUCUUCUUACGCCGAUUCGCGCAGGGUGCUGGACAGUGGAUGGAUGUUUUCACAAACCAACCUUCCUACCUCACUAGACAUGUAUUGUCUCUGGCAAACCGCAGUCCGUUGAUCCGUUACUCGGCAUGUGCCAUUGCCACAAAGCAGUUGGGCCAAAUGAAAGAUCCUGCCAGCAGGACUAGAAAGUCGCGGGGUAUGAGUCGGGUGGCAAAAAAUCUGGCAUCCGGCGAUUUGGACUUACUCUGGUAUGGAGGAAAAUAUUAUGAGAAGGCCAUUUUACUCCUAGCUCGACAGAUCUCCCAUGAAGACUGUUCAGCCUGUGGUCUCUCCCCUUGUGCGAUAUAUCAGACUGGUAGCCAUUCCAGUGGAGGCCACGAUCAUACCGAUGAAGAGCCCGAUAGCCACUUGCCCCUUUUUCAAGUCAUUGCAGCAUGUCUUCUUUGUCAAUAUGAAGACCUCAGUGCCACGAUGCGUGCGUGGAGUGGCCAUCUCGACGGGAUUCUGAAGUUAAUUCGCCCUUGCCUUGAUAUACCGAUUCCAUCCGACGCCUCAUUUCACAUACCUCAGCCUGCUAAGGCCCUAGAGGCUUCUUUUUGGUUCUUCGCUACGACUGACAUGUUGAAUAGCUUGACCCUCCGUCAACCAACGCGAAUAGAUUCACAGUAUCUUCCACUCCGGCGAGCGAUGGGUGUCCCUCUAGACGAGGCAGGCGAUUUGGUCACGGACCACAUUCCCGACGCCUGCCAAGAAGAAGUCUUUUCUAAAGCUCUUCUUCGAAUUCUAGGAUCUUUAACCCAAAACUCUCCUGAUUUAACCGAAUCUGAUAUCUGGUUUGAAAAUGAUAUAUGUGCUAUAUCCAUGGCAUUUUACCAUAUGGCCCGGAUUCUAUUACUUGUGCAGCAACCACGGGAUACCCUUAAUCAUGCUUCAACUCAAACAUCUCCUUUGGAUCUCCUGAGCACAUAUAACGCACUCCAGCGUGAUUUACAUUAUCAUGCUAAGAAGACCGUGCGAAUCUCAAGUGGCUGGACGGAGAGUAAUUUCCACAAAUACAUGAUCCAGCCAUUGUAA